CCUCCUUAAAGUAACGUAAUGCAUAAUAGCGCGCGGUGUAUUUUUUUCAAAACUUAGUCGCCGAGUUCUCCGCUGACAAGAACCUUUAUCCAACAGAUGGCUGGAAAACGCAGAGUCUUUGUUAUUCGUCACGGUGAGACUGAGUGGUCCCUUACGGGUCAACAUACUGGCAGCACUGAUAUCCCCUUGGCCAAGGUUGGUGAGGAUCUCAUUGUGAAGCACACGAAACACUUUGUCGGUCCCGGCAAGCUAAUCGACACCAAUAAGCUGUGUCGUAUUAUCGUUUCCCCGCUGCAGCGUGCUCGCCGUACUCUUGAGUUGCUUGGCAUCGAUCCCAGCGUUCCCGUUGAUGUAGACGCCGACAUCGCCGAGUGGGAUUAUGGCGACUAUGAGGGUCUUCUUACUAGUGAGAUUCGUAAGCUCCAGCCUUCUGGUGAGUGGGAAAUCUGGAAGAACGGCUGCACGAACGGUGAGUCGCCUGAGCAGGUUUGCCAACGUCUUGACCGUAUUGUUGCCAAGUGCCGUAGCAUCCAAAUGGAUUCCGUAGACAAGGAUGUCGAUGGCAACAUCCUCGUUGUCGCCCAUGGUCAUGCCCUUCGUGGUUUGGCUGCUCGUUGGAUUGAGCUUCCUUUACCCAAGGGUCGCGCUUUCAUGCUCGAUGCUGGUGCCAUUGGUGAGCUCGGCUACGAGCAUAACACUUUUGAUGAGCCUACUUGCUUCCGUUGGAAUGUCCCCACACUUUUGUAUAAGGAGUAAAGAGGCAAAGUGACUGAGUGGCAGGACGAGCCGUUGAAUGGAAGCAGGGUCAUGAGUUUUUUGCUUGCUGUUACAUAAGCUCAUUUCUCCGCCCCACGUUUUCGUUUAUCACUUGGUGACCCUAACACUCCUGCCCUCCAGGCUGCGUCCAGAAUUGUUUCUGUCCCGACUGUUCCUUUGAUUGCCGGGGCUGACGUGGAUUUGAUGUAAAUAGUUUACAUUAUAGAUUUUUUUGGUUUGUUAGCUACGAGCUGUCGACUGCACGUGUGGACGAAUGAGCAUUUACGUUUCAGGGCCCGGGCACGCCAAGACGCGUUAAACGUGGUGGUAAAAAGUGGGGAACUCAUGGGAUUGUUGGACGUCGGUAACCUUGUUUCAAAGGUGAACAUCAGCUUAAUCACCACACGUGGCGUGCGAGGAAGCCUCUGAAUAACGAACAAGAUGAAUGUUGGGCAUUGUGCCUGCCACUCAUUAUCACAAAUACGGUGAAGCGUGAAUGCGCACUCAACUUUGGUCACCGCUUGUGAAUCUUGAAGAAUUGUGAGGAUGUGCCCAAGCGCAUUUUCUGCUUACUUAACAUAAACGCAUUGUUCCCUUAAUAACUAUUUGCCCAAUGACUAGCGGGGAUUGCGGAUCACACGUCGUUCAUUACUCCUAGGGUUUUUCCAACUGUACGCGGUUGGUUAUGCUUAUCGUGUGAUCUAAACUGUUGGGUGUGGGGUUGAUAUAAAUAAAGUAAAUACACCCGGCCACCAGGCGGUCUUAAACGGUCUUUGCCCUCGGUGACUCUCGGGCACGUCGGCUUUCUUU